AAGAGAAAGAGAGAGAGAGAGAGAGAGAGAAGAGUGACAGAGCUGUUGAAGAAAAAAGAAGCUGAAAGAUGAAGACUUUGGCCGUCCUGGUUCUCUGCUCCCUGGCUGUCGUCUGUCUGACUUCAGAUGCCUCCACUGGCUCCCAGCCUGCUGACAACCCUGCUCAGGAGGGUUUGUUUGUGGAGAGGGAGCAGGCCUCCGCUGUGGUGAGGCAGAAGAGAGCUGCUGGAGAGUUAACCCUGACCCAGCUGGAGAGCCUGAGAGAAGUGUGUGAGGCCAACUUGGCUUGCGAGGACAUGAUGGACACGCAGGGAAUCAUCGCCGCCUACACCGCCUACUACGGACCCAUUCCCUAUUAGAAGCCAAACCGCAACGACCGAUUUUCUUUGCAGUUAAGCCACUCACAAAAUAAGCACGAGAAUACUUUUCCAAAAAAGUGUUUCAAAGUUUUGACAAACAUUAAAAAGUGAGAGAUGUGGGGUUAAAGAUGGAAGCAGAUGUGUGAGAGGAAUAACAUGUGAAUGUAUUUUCCCAUCCUGCAUACAGACCUACACAAUUCUCUCUAUAAUUCUAUUAUUGCUGUUUGCCUGUAGAGUAGUGCGAUGACAUUAAAAUACACAUAAAUCAAA